AUGCGCCGAGGCGGCCGCCGCUGCCGCAGGCCGCAUUUCCCGCGCAAGAAAGGGCAACCGGCGCACCGCCGGUAUCUGCGGCGGACAGAACGCCAACGAAGACCACUGCUGCGCGGCUCGUCCGAGGAGAUGACGACCGACCGAGCUGAAUUAGUUAACACGCGAGAUGUGUUCCGAGCUGCCGUACAAGCGUUUACUGGCGUCGUCCGCAGGCAUCUUGUGAUCCCGGUGAAGAUCUGGUUCCAGAACCGGCGCACCAAGUGGAAGAAGCAGGACAACAUCAGCAACGCGGAGGCCGCCGAGCACAAGAACCAGGCGACGGGCAAGCCAGAAGGCGGCGCCGCCAAGCCCAAGGAGGGCGCGCCCGCCAAGCCGGCGCAGCCGGGGGCCAAGGCGGCGCCUUUGGCUGCGCUGCCCGGCGCCAAGCUGGGGGCGGGGGCGUCGCUGCCGUCGCCCAGCAGCGGGGAGGACCACUCCAACGCGUCCGUCUUCACGGCCGGCGACGGCUCCGCCUCCGAGUCGUGCUUCGGCGACCCCACGCAGCCGCCGCCCCCGCCGCCACCGCACCACGUGCUGACGGUGAGCGUGCAGGACAGCAGCCGGUCGCCCACCGUGUCGCCGCCCAAGACGCCGGCGCUGGCGCCGACGCCGCCUUCCGUCGCCGCCCCCGUGCCCAUGGUGGUGGAUCCCCUGCCGGCGCCGACGCCCCCGACGCCGACGUCCGCCCCUGCCGCCGUCUCGACGCCGCCCCUCGCCGUGCAGAUGCAGAUGUCCGCUCCGCUGGCGCAGCCCGAGCUGAUGGAGGCGCCGCGGCCCGUCUCACCCUCCAGCUAA